UUUCUUUCUUUCUUUCUUUCGUCACCUCUGUACAUGGAGCCAGGGAAUGACACACAGAUUUCAGAAUUUCUUCUCAUGGGAUUUUCAGAAGAUCCGGAACUGCAACUUCUCAUAUUUGUAUUUUUCCUCUUCAUGUACCUGGUCACUGUACUGGGAAACCUGAUUCUCAUCUUGGCUGUCAUCUUAGACUCCCACCUUCACACCCCCAUGUACUUCUUCCUCUCCAAUCUGUCCUUAGUGGACAUCUGCUUCACCUCCACCACCGUCCCCAAGAUGCUGGUGAACAUUCAGAUGCAGAGAAAGGCCAUCACCUAUGAUGGCUGCCUCGCUCAGAUAUACUUUUUCCUCCUUUUUGCUGGAUUAGACAACUUCCUCCUGGCUGUGAUGGCGUAUGACCGCUUUGUGGCCAUCUGUCAGCCCCUGCACUACACGGUCAUCAUGAGACCUUCACUCUGUGUAUUGCUGGUUCUGGGCUCCUGGAUCCUGAGUGCCGUGAAUUCUCUCUUGCAAAGCUUAAUGGUGUCAUGGCUUGCCUUCUGUACAGAGCUAGAAAUCCCUCACUUUUUCUGUGAGAUCAAGCAGGUGGUCCAGUUGGCUUGUUCGGACACUUUCCUCAAUGACCUGGUGAUGCAUUGUGCUUCUGGGGUAUUGGGUGGCAUUUCCCUGACUGGUAUUCUGUACUCGUAUUCUAAGAUUGCGUCUUCCAUAUGUGGCAUCUCAUCCACUAAGGGCAAAUAUAAAACCUUUUCCACCUGUGCCUCUCACCUCUCGGUUGUCUCCUUAUUCUAUUGCACAAUCCUAGGGGUUUAUCUUAGCUCUGCCACUGCUGCCCAUGGAUCACACUCAAGUGCAAUAGCUUCAGUGAUGUACACCGUGGUCACCCCUAUGCUGAACCCCUUCAUCUACAGCUUGAGGAAUAAAGACAUAAAGGGGGCUCUGAAAAGAUUCACUAGAGUAGCCACUAUAUAA